AUGAAACCAACGAAGCCUAUACUGCGAUAUAGUAGAGCAACCAUACAAGGGACCAACAACCUCUUAUUCCAAACUCACAAGAUUCUCCUUCUUCGUCGAGAAUUCCAUCAUCGACAACCAAUUCGAAAACCAGUAAGAACUCCAUCUCCAAUAAAUGCAAAUUUACCACCAGCAUAUCUUCAUUUACGAAAAGUGUUUGAUGAUCAGAAAUACUUUAAUAAUUUCAAUAAACCAUCUACAACUGAAUCAAUAUUUGAUAGUUCCCCACGAACAGGAUUAUUUAAGAAUGAAUAUUUAUCAUCACCCAAUGGGUUAGUAGAAUUUUCGAAAACAUCUUUAGUAAAAGCUAAAGCUCUUGUUCAAGAAAUGUUACGAGAAGUUAGAACCAAUCAUGGAAAAUUAAUCUAUAUCAAAAAGAUGGAUCAAUUAUCUGAUAUCAUAUGUCGUGUGAUUGAUGUUGCUGAAUUUAUCAGAGUAGUUCAUCCAAGUAGUAAAUGGGUCAAUGCGGCUCAAGAAACCCAUGAAAUAAUGUAUGAGUUUAUGAAUCAAUUGAAUAUCAAUGUUGACUUAUAUGCUUAUUUACGAGAUAUACUAAAUGAUAAAUAUAUUCGUAACGAAUUGACAGAAGAAGAAAUUAAAGUUGGUGAAUAUUUAAAACAGGAUUUUGAAAGAUCUGGUAUCCAUAUGGAUCCUGAAACUAGAAAUAAUUUCGUGGCUAUUACUCAAGAGAUUUCCUUAUUGGGUUCUCAAUUUAACAAUGAAAUUAGUUCAUUGGAAUCAUAUUGGUGUGAAAUUACUGAAGAUGAGUUUAACCAGAUUGAAGAUCCUAUGUUAAAGCAAGAGAUUCAAAGAUAUCAAUAUAGACAUAUGCACAGAAAGCCCGGAGUGGUUGUUAUCCCAUUAGCUGAGCAUCUUCCAUUCUCACUUUUAAAUUCAUGUUCUAUAGAAUCCAUAAGAAAGAAACUUUGGGUGGCAUUACAUAGUUCACCAAAAGAUCAAAUACUCAGAUUGAAUAGAUUUGUGGAAUAUCGAGCAUUAUUGUCAAGAAUGUUAGGAUAUAAAUCAUUUGCCCAUUAUCAAUUAGAACACAAGAUGGCAAAGAAUCCCGAGAACGUGGUUACAUUUCUUUCAAAUUUACAAAAGUCAUUAAAGAGUACAGGAGUUCUUGAAGAGUUACUGCAACUUUAUAAAUAUAGAGAUCAACUGAAAGAUGAAUCAUCCUCAAUAUCAUCUCCUGAAAAUAUCAUUAAUGAAAUCAAACCAUGGGAUAGAGAUUAUUUAUUGAACAAAUUGCAACAGAAGCAACAUGCCGAACCACCAAGUGAAAACAUUUCCGAGUAUUUCUCAGUAGGAACUAUUAUCGCAGGUUUAAGUAAAUUAUUUGAAAGCUUGUACGGUGUUUCAUUAGUACCUCAAGCAACAUUAUCAGGAGAAACUUGGGAUCAACAACAAGUUCGUAAAUUACAAGUCAUUGAAAAUUCUACAAAUAAAACAUUAGGAUAUCUUUAUUUAGAUUUCUGGUCAGAUAAAGUAUUACCAUCCCAUUUCACGAUUUGUUGUUCCAGGAAAUUAAAUACUGAUAUUGAAACUGAAUCAAUUGAAUCAAUGGAAAAACUAGUUCAAUUAGAUGAAGAUUAUCAAUUGCCUAUAAUUUCAUUGAUUUGUAAUUUCUCCAAUAGAAAGAAUAGUAUAAUCGGUAGAUUUGCCGGAGUUGAUAACUGUAAACCAACCUUACUUUCACUUGAUCAAGUAGAUACUAUUUUCCAUGAAAUGGGACAUGCUAUGCAUUCGAUGUUAGGUAGAACUCAAUUACAUAAUUUAUCAGGAACCAGAUGUGCCACUGAUUUUGUUGAAUUACCUUCAGUAUUAAUGGAAUAUUUCAGUAAAGACCCAAGGGUUAUUUGUCAAAUCGGUCGUCAUUAUGAAUCAAAUUCAUUAUUACCUAAAGAAUUAUUAUCCCAAAGUCAUAAACAAAGAAUCAUGCUUAAUAAUUGUGAAAAUUUCAUGCAAUCUAAAAUGGCUAUGUUAGAUCAAGUAUUACAUAAUGAAGAUACCGUAAAGAAUUUGCCAAAAGGGUUAGACACCUUUGAUUCUACUAAGAUCUAUCAUGAACUCGAAAACAAACUUGAAGUAUUUGCCGAUGAAUAUUCAACCUGGCACGGGAAAUUCCCACAUUUAUUUUCAUAUGGUGCCGUAUAUUAUUCAUAUCUUUUAGAUCGUGCAAUUGCUGAAAAGAUUUGGCAAGGAUUAUUUUCUGAAGAUCCUUGGAGUAAAGAAGCAGGAACAAAAUAUCGAGAAAGUAUUUUAAAGUGGGGUGGAACUAGAGAUCCAUGGGAAUGUUUGGCUGAUGCCUUGGGACAAGAAGAAUUGAAAAAAGGGGAUGCUAAGGCAAUGGAAAUUAUUGGUCAAAGCGCUCAUUUGUAA